UCAUUCGUUGGGCGUUACACAGGAUGCCGCGUCGCUGUUUAGCGUUGAAAAACUUUUAUCUAGCAUCGUGAUCUAUAAAAAAAGUCGUAAAUCGCUUGAAAAAAGUUUUAAUUUAAUUAAAUAUGGUUAAUUAAAAGUGUUCUGUGUAAUUCUGAGUGUAAAAAUCUAUGUGUAACGUUGUGCAUUCUUGGUGAUUCAUCUCGUGAACAAGAAAUCCGUUGUGUCGUGUUGUAUAUGUGCCGGUUGUAAUGUGCACACUUUUGUGAUUUUCUGGAAUUUCUUAUUAAGAAGUUACUUGAACAGUUGGAUAAAUAAUAUGAUGAUACCACAACACAAAGGAAGAAGUCCAGUUUAUUUUUGAGAUACCGGCUGUAAAAAUGGAAGCGAAAAAGAUAUCAGUAUUGAUAUUGUGUUUCCUGUUGUCGGCGGCGACAGCUGACUUCACCGCGAACUGCCCGCAGGAAUGCAAGUGUGUGUGGGCCAGUGGCAACAAACAGGCUGACUGCUCAGAGGCCAACUUUCACGACAUACCCAAGACUCUCAGCGCAGAAAUACAAAUCCUCGACCUAACAGGAAACGAAUUAUACGAAAUAACGAGACACGCCUUCGAAGAUGUUCGACUGAUAAAUCUAAAGAAACUAAUACUUAGAGAAUGUAAACUUAUAACGAUACAUAAAAAUGGACUGAGCGGUCUCGCUAUUAUGAUCGAAUUAGACUUAUCGAAAAACGAUUUAAAAACAUUACACCCGGAAACUUUUAGAGAGACAGCGAAAAUAAGAUGGAUAUUACUAAACGACAAUCAAAUAGAGAAAUUAGAAGAUGGAUUGUUCAAUAACCUUCCCUUCUUACAGAAAGUCGAUUUAAGUAAUAAUCGAAUCGUUCAAUUGGGAUUGAAAACUUUCAUGAACUUACCAAAAUUAAAUAUCCUGCGACUCGACGGUAACAAGUUGGAGCACAUGAAAUUGGAUACGAUAAAUUCAUUACCUUUAUCGAAUUUGGACAUACACGAUAACCCUUGGCGAUGCGAUUGCUAUCUACAACCGUUCCGGAAUUGGGUCAUCAGUAAGAAUCUAUAUACCUCGCCUAUAGCAUGUAGUGAACCGCCUAAAGUUCAUGGCAAACUGUGGAAAGAACUGGAUUCGAGUGACUUUGCUUGCCGGCCGAGCAUUGUCUAUCCGACCACGAAAACUACUUUACGCUCUUCAGAUACAAAUGUUACACUCUCCUGUCAGGUUGAUGGCAAUCCAUUGCCAGAGGUAAAUUGGGUAUUGAAUGCCCAAAUUAUCGAUGGAACUUACAGAUAUCAAGGUGAAGUAAAGUACUUAAUCACGCAGAGCAAUUCAGAGAACAGUAAGUGGGUCAACUUGACAAUUAUCGACGUUGGUACCACUGAUAAUGGUGAAUAUUUAUGCGUAGCCAAAAACCCUGGCGGUGUAGAGGAACAAAGUCUUAUUUUAAACAUUGCACCUACAACGCCAGGAAUCAUAGUCCCACCUGGUAUGGAUAAUAAUAUGUUGCCAGUAUUAGUUGGCGUUUCAUGUGCAGCAGCUAUACUGUUGAUACUCUUAGUAAUUAUCUGCUAUUGCUGCUGUCGUAGAAGAAGUUCAGAAAAGAAGAAAGGAGAUGCAUCGAACGGAGAGGCUCUGAUAGAAGGAUCUGUCAUCCCAGAAAUGGAGAAAAGUUUGAUUACAGCAGUUAACCCAGUGACGAAACCACCAAGGAGGUAUGACAUGCCGCCCACCAUUACCAAUGGCGCCACAGAGAUGUCAGAACUUAAUAAAACGCUAUUGGACAAUGACUCUGUUUUCGCUCACAACGACGAUGAAAAACGGUCGCUAGAUUUCGAACAACAAACAAAGCGAUCUCAAGACGCACUUAAUGUGGAAUACGGUCGCACUGAUAGUCGAGCGUAUCCACCAGACCUGCUAUCUUUCCCAGCAAGAGCAGCUCAGAUAUCCCCGGCGGCUAGCAACGCUUCCACUGUGCCUGACACAAGCAGAUUGCAAAUCAAUCCUGUUAGUCCUAUACAUUCGCCAAUAUAUGGCGUGGCAACUAAUCAAAAUCUGUUUAGAACAUUACCUUACUCUCGCUCUCAAUCGCCAUUCACGGCGCCUAUUACCCCUCCAAAUAUUCCACCACGUCAAGGAUACGUUACAAUACCGAGAAGACCAAGAGUACCCAGCUGGUCGAGUACAGCUAGUACACAAAUCCUCCCAAGCACCGAGGCUCAAGAACCUUUAUACGAUAAUCUUGGAUUAAGAACAACAGCGGACGGUAGUUCAGUACUCUCUUUAAAUAAGGCUGGAUUGGAACAACAGUUUUCUCCGAUGAGAAAUAGACCUUUACCGGCAACGCCGACCGCUUUCCCGAGCCCACAUCAAUUGUAUUACGCACCUAUCGAAGAACAGGAGCCUGCACCUUCGCCCGUACCGCCUGCGUUCAUUCCCAACAGAAAUAGCAUCAGUUCGCAACUGUCUACUCAGUUGUCUACGCCUGGGCCUCAGGAGCCAGUCAAUCAAAGAAUGAGUUGGACUGCAAAGAGUACUUCUACACCACAACCUGAACCGAGAAAAGCCUUGUUUUCUAAUUCAGACAACAGAAAUUUUGAAAGUCCCUCUCAUAAUUCCGAAAGUAACACAUUAAGCCGUAAGGGAAAACCUGAAACUGGUUCAUUGCGGAAGAACAUUCGAACAGAUAACAAAGAAGACCCGAGCUCGCCGUCUAAAGAUGACACGAGAAAGAAUGAGAGUAACGUAUCAUUGAAUCAAUCGGGGACUUUGGGCAGAAGUGGAAAAAUUCCACCGAGACCACCGCCUAAACCUAAGAAAAAACCGACAGCCGAAGUGAAUUCCAACGAGCCUUUGUUCGAAGACGAAGGAGAAGACGGCACGGAGGUGUAGUGAUGUGCCUAGUUUGAGGAAUACGAACUAUCAAGUGCCAAUGAGCUUUUAGUGAUUAUGUCAGUGCAGUGAUAUCAAUGAACUGAGAAAAGUGCAAUCGGAUAAUUUGUUUUGCGGUGCUCGUGUACAUAAAUCUUGUGCUAGAUUUUUUACUAUUGCGUAACAAUUUUACGGACCAUUUGGAAGUUUUAACGUAAGUUAAUGUAGUUAGAAUUAUGCCAGGACAGAGUUUGACCUUGUACAUCAUAUGUUACAUUUAAGUAUUUAUUUUUUUGUGGUACUGAUUUAAGGCAGCGUGAUGGUAAUUUUAUAACUUGCCAGUCGCAUCGAUAUCUUCGUCAUUUCCAAGACUGAUUCCAAAUUGAUUAAUCAUAACAUUCCCGACAUCAGCAUUAGUAAAAUUUUUGGCAUUAUUUUAUUCCCAUAGUGAUGCUAGAUUGUUUCUAACACUAGAUAAUUAUUUGGAAGACUGAAAAUGUUUGUUAGUCGCUUUGGCACUAUUGAUGACGUCAAUAGUUCACAUAAAGCGUACCUCAUUCGCUCUUCUAACAAUAUCACACGUGUUGCAAACAAAAAAUGAUCUCAUAUACCAGUUGGAAAGUAUGAAAUUUAAUAAUGAUAUUUCUAGUAUUAAUUAAAGUUUGGCAAUUAUAAAAUUUGCAAUAUGUGUGGUUCCAUUAUCAUCUCAUACUAAAAUGUUUAACUUCCUUUCUUCUAAGUUAAUAUUAUUUUAGUUAUUUACGCCCAACGGUUUAUUUUAAACACAAAAUAAUGUUUAGCAACUGUACCUUUACUUAUCAUGAGUUCGCACUGGCUAGACGUUUACACAAAACAUGUUGCGAUCUUCAGUGAGAAAGGACAUAUCUAUGUGAAUGUUUUUGCCAGGAUAAAAUUGAUAUAUCAACGUAU